AUGCCUGUUCGCAGAGGUCAUGUGGCACCACAAAAUACAUUUUUGGGUACAAUCAUACGAAAAUUUGAAGGGCAAAAUAAAAAAUUCAUCAUUGCUAAUGCCAGAGUGCAGAAUUGUGCUAUCAUCUACUGCAAUGAUGGGUUCUGUGAGAUGACCGGGUUCUCCAGACCAGAUGUCAUGCAGAAGCCCUGUACCUGUGAUUUUCUUCAUGGGCCAGAGACCAAAAGACAUCAUAUUGCCCAAAUUGCUCAAGCACUGCUGGGGUCAGAGGAGAGGAAAGUAGAAGUCACCUAUUAUCACAAAGAUGGAUCUACCUUCAUUUGCAACACCCACAUAAUUCCAGUGAAAAACCAAGAGGGAGUAGCGAUGAUGUUUAUUAUUAACUUUGAGUAUGUAACAGAUGAAGAGAAUGUGGCAUCUCCUGAGAAAUGCAAGCCAAUGUUGCCAUCCAAACUUGUAAAUCGUAAACUUCUCGGGUUCCGGUUACCUGGAUUGAGACUUUUAACAUACAGAAAGCAGUCCUUACCACAGGAAGACCCUGAUGCAGUGAUAGUUGAUUCAUCUAAGCACAGCGAUGACUCGGUGGCGAUGAAGCACUUUAAAUCACCUACAAAAGAAAGCUGUAGUCCUUCAGAAGUGGAUGAUACAAAAGCACUGAUUCAACCCAGUAGAUGUUCACCUUUGGUUAAUAUAUCAGGACCUCUUGACCAUUCAUCACCUAAAGAGCAAUGGGACAGACUUUAUCCCGACAUGAUACAGACAAGCAAUCCACUAACUCAUUCCAGAUCGAAGGAGAGUAUUUGUAGUAUACGGAGAGCGUCUUCAGUACAUGACAUUGAAGGCUUUAACGUCCAUCCCAAGAACAUUUUUAGGGACCGUCAUGCAAGUGAAGACAAUGGUCGCAAUGUCAAAGGGCCUUUUAAUCAUAUCAAGUCAAGUCUGUUAGGAUCCACAUCAGAUUCAAAUCUCAACAAAUACAGUACAAUCAACAAAAUUCCUCAACUCACGCUGAACUUUUCGGAUAUCAAAAGUGAAAAAAAAUCUUCAUCUCCUCCUUCUUCGGAGAAAGCAAUUAUUGCACCUAAGGUGAAAGACCGAACGCACAAUGUAACAGAGAAAGUUACCCAGGUUCUAUCCUUAGGGGCUGAUGUUCUACCAGAAUAUAAACUCCAGACACCUCGCAUCAACAAGUUUACUAUAUUGCACUACAGCCCUUUCAAAGCUGUCUGGGACUGGCUCAUUUUGUUGUUGGUUAUAUACACCGCCAUAUUCACCCCUUACUCUGCUGCCUUCCUUCUGAAUGAUAGCGAGGAACGGAAGAGGAGAGAGUGUGGAUAUUCUUGCAGCCCACUGAAUGUUGUAGACUUAAUUGUGGAUAUUAUGUUUAUCAUUGACAUUCUAAUAAACUUCAGAACAACGUAUGUAAACCAGAAUGAAGAAGUGGUAAGUGACCCAGCAAAAAUAGCAAUUCACUACUUCAAAGGCUGGUUCCUAAUUGACAUGGUUGCUGCAAUACCUUUUGACCUGCUGAUUUUUGGCUCUGGCUCUGAAGAGACAACAACAUUAAUAGGUCUUCUGAAGACAGCCAGAUUGCUGCGUUUGGUGAGGGUAGCACGGAAAUUGGACAGAUAUUCAGAAUAUGGUGCUGCAGUUUUGAUGCUCCUUAUGUGCAUCUUUGCACUAAUUGCACACUGGCUUGCUUGCAUUUGGUAUGCCAUUGGAAAUGUGGAAAGACCUUAUUUGUCUCACAAGAUUGGCUGGUUGGAUUCUUUAGGAGAACAAUUAGGAAAGCAUUACAAUAAGAGUGAUGCAAGUUCUGGACCAUCCAUCAAGGACAAAUACGUUACAGCACUUUAUUUUACCUUCAGCAGUCUGACAAGUGUAGGAUUUGGAAAUGUGUCUCCAAACACCAAUUCAGAGAAAAUCUUUUCCAUCUGUGUCAUGUUGAUUGGCUCAUUAAUGUAUGCUAGCAUUUUUGGAAAUGUAUCUGCAAUAAUCCAAAGACUCUACUCGGGAACUGCACGGUAUCACAUGCAGAUGCUGCGAGUAAAGGAGUUUAUACGUUUUCAUCAAAUCCCCAACCCUCUGCGGCAACGACUUGAGGAAUACUUCCAGCAUGCAUGGACAUACACCAAUGGCAUUGACAUGAACAUGGUCCUGAAGGGGUUUCCAGAAUGCUUACAAGCUGACAUUUGUCUGCACCUCAACCAAAAUUUGCUUCAGAACUGCAAAGCUUUCCGGGGAGCCAGUAAAGGCUGUCUUCGAGCUUUGGCUAUGAAAUUUAAGACAACACAUGCACCUCCUGGAGACACUUUAGUGCACUGUGGGGAUGUCCUCACUGCUCUUUACUUUGUGUCAAGAGGCUCCAUUGAAAUCCUUAAGAGUGACAUUGUUGUAGCCAUUCUUGGGAAAAAUGAUAUUUUUGGAGAGAUGGUACAUCUAUAUGCAAAACCAGGAAAGUCAAAUGCAGAUGUGAGAGCUUUAACUUACUGUGACUUACAUAAGAUCCAGCGAGAAGAUCUACUAGAAGUUUUGGAUAUGUAUCCAGAAUUUUCUGAUCUCUUCCUCACCAAUCUAGAGCUGACUUUUAACCUGAGAGAUGAAACUGCAAAGUCUGACCUCGUAAUACGAUCACAAACUGCUAAUGAUAUGGAUGGAGAUAACUGCAAACUACGAAGACGGAAAUUGUCCUUUCAAAGUGAAAUAGAGAAAGAGAAUGAUCAGAGUGAUCCUGAAGCCUCAGGGGACACCACUGGGUACUAUCAAUCUAUCAAGAAACACUUUGAGGAGAAAAAAAGUGCGUCAUCAUCUUUUGUGUCCUCCAUUGAAGAUGAGCAAAAGCCCCUGUUUUCUGGGAUAGCUGAUUACCCAUCUGUAACAGAAAAAAAUACAGAGGUAGACUUUGAAGAAACGGUUCAUGACAAAGAAGAAAUUCUUAUUGACAAAAGAAGCAAUUCCUGCAAAGAUAUCACUGAUGAAAGAGACUGGGAGCAGGAGAACAUCCAGGAGUACCAGGACUCCCCAACUCAGUCAGCAUUACCCCAUGUUACAUGGGGCAUCUGUGAAACUGAAAGUGACUUUAUAUAUGGGGAAGUGGAGAAUCGAUUAGAUUUACUUCAAGAACAACUCAACAGGCUUGAAUCCCAAAUGACUGCUGAUAUCCAAAACAUCCUGCAGCUUCUGCAAAGGCAAUCAACACUCAUCCCACCUGCCUACAGCAUGGUGACUGCAGGUGCAGAGUAUCAACAGCCAGCACUCCAGGUGAUACAAAAGCUUCAGCCUGCAGCGUCAAUUAAAACAGACAGAAGUUUCAGUCCUUCAUCUCAGUGUCCUGCAUUUCUAGACCCUGAAAAGUCAAAACUUAAAUCCAAAGAAUCCCUCUCAAGUGGAGUGCAUCUUAACACAGCCUCAGAAGACAACCUAGCUUCUUUUUUAGAUCAAGAUCGUGACCAGUCUGUAGAGUGUCCCUCACAACAUUGUAAAACUAAUCUUCAGCCAAUUAGGCACCCUUCCUUACCAGAAUCUUCACUGAGCACUGUAGAAAUAUUGAGUCUUCAUAGGCAUGUUUCUGAUCCGGGUCUUCCUGGGAAAUAA